AUGCUUUACGACAUUUCCUUCUUCUUCUUCGUCAUCAUUAUCCUACUUGCCAUUAUGCAGGGUCUGAUAAUCGAUGCCUUCGGUGAACUGCGAGAUCAGCAAGAAUCGGCUACCGAAAAGCUGGAAUCGUCAUGUUUCAUUUGUGACAUUGGCAAAGAAACAUUCGAUCGUCUACCACGUGGCUUUGAAAUACACACAUCAAAAGAACACAACUUUGCUAACUAUCUUUUCUUCUUGCAACAUCUGGUGAACAAAGAUGAGACGGAGUAUACGGGCCAAGAAACGUAUGUACGCGAGAAAUAUGACAAUCGCGAUUGGGAAUUCUUCCCUGUUGGUGAAUGCUUCGUGAAA